GGCUGCACGCUGGCGGGCCUGGGUCCGCGCAUCCCCGCGGGCGACAGGGACCCUGCGCAGGCGACCGGCAGAGCGCGGGCUCCCGGCUCCGCACUCGUGGCCCCAGCGCCCAGACGCACAGACACCUGUGGCUGCCCGGGCUCCGUGCGCGCCCGAGCACCCGCCUCGGGGCUCCGACGCCGAGGGCUAGCCCCCCGGCUCCCUGAGGCUCUCGGGGUCGGUGCUGGACGCCAUCCGCGGUCUCCAGUGGGUUCUGCGCGCCAGGUGCUGGGGCCCGUUGGUCCCCCUGGAUUGUCCCUGUAAGUCUUUGAGCCGGUUUUAAUUACAGGAGAAGAAACAGGCUCGGGGAGGAAGCGUCUAGCCCAGGAGCUCGGGCGAGCCUUCGUGUCCAGACCCCACUUCGCGCAGGCGGCGCGCGCAGGCUCGGCGGCCCCGGGCGGGUGCGGGCCCCGGGCACCGGGCACGGGCAGAGUCCCGACCGGCACGCGCUCUCCUGCCACAGCCGGGAGCAGCCGCUCUUCAGGACCCCAAGGGACGGAAGGGGUGUGCGGUGUGUGUGUGUAUCACCCACGGCCAGGGAGUCGCUCGCGGUGGCAGAAGCGCAUCCGGGCUGCGCUUCCAGGGCACCGAAUUCUGUAAGUUGCUCAGUUUUUCUGGAAAAAGCCCCGGGGAGUCGGCCGCGGCAGCUGGAGCGCAGCGGUUCCUCGCCGAAGCCCCUCUCUGGGGCAGCAGCCAGUGCGGAGACGCUCCAGGCAGGGUCGCUGUCCUCCAGUAGGCGGCUCCCACCUCCGAGUCCGGCCGCCAGGAGGGGGCGGGCUGGGAACACGGGGAAAGCCGGGUCUGGGGCAGGACCCGCUUGGGGCAUCCCCUGUGUGCUGGGGCAGGUGCGUCCGAGGAACGCAGGGGCAGGGGGUCCCGGCAGGGCUAGGGAGAGGCGCGGGCGCCGCGGGCAGAGAGCAGCUGGAGCGCCCCGGCUUGGCUGGAAUCCCGGAGGCAACCGGGAACGAGGGAAGCCGGGGAGAGAGGGCGCCGGACCCGUCAGAGCAUCGCCGUGCUGGAAUGGCAUAGCUGAGCUCCGCAGGAGGAAGUGUGAUAAGCAUGGAACGUCCAGUAGUAGGGAGUGAGCACAGCUGGAGAGUCCUCUUGUGCCAAUGACCCUUCCCAAUUCCUCCUGCAUCUCAGAAGACAGGAUGUGUGAGGGCAACAAGACCACCAUGGCCAACGUGCAGCUGACGCCGCUCGUGGUGGUCCUGAGCACCAUCUCCCUGGUCACCGUCGGACUCAACCUGCUGGUGCUGUGCGCCGUCCGAAGCGAGCGGAAGCUGCACACCGUGGGCAACCUGUACAUCGUCAGCCUGUCGGCGGCAGACCUGAUCGUGGGCGCCGCCGUCAUGCCCAUGAACAUCCUCUACCUUCUCAUGACCCGGUGGUCCCUGGGCCGGCCCCUCUGCCUCUUCUGGCUUUCCAUGGACUACGUGGCCAGCACGGCGUCCAUUUUCAGCGUCUUCAUCCUGUGCAUUGACCGCUACCGCUCUGUCCAGCAGCCCCUCCGGUACCUGAGGUAUCGAACCAAGACCCGGGCGUCGGUCACCAUCCUGGGAGCCUGGUUUCUCUCCUGCCUGUGGAUCAUUCCCAUCGUCGGAUGGCGUCGCUUUCUGCCGCACAGCCCAAGGCCCCGGGAUGACAAGUGCGAGACAGACUUCUAUGACGUCACCUGGUUCAAGAUCAUGACGGCCAUCAUCAACUUCUACCUGCCCACCGUGCUUAUGCUCUGGUUUUACGCCAGGAUCUACAGGGCUGUGCGGCAACACUGCCAGCACCGGGAGCUCAUCAGCAGGUCUCUCCCAGCCUUCUUAGAGAUCAACCUGCGGCCGGAGAAUCCCAAGGUGGGUGGCAAGAAGCCCGGGAAGGAGUCCCCGUGGGAAGUUACGAAGAGGAGGCCAAAAGAUGCAGGUGGUGGCCCAGCCUCGAAGUCACCGUCCCAAGUCCCUGCGGAGACGAAAUCUCCAGCUGGGCUCAGCCGAGAGGAGGCCGGAGAGGAGGCCACGCUCCACUGCUUCCCAGUUAACAUGGUGCAGACAGCGAUGGUGGCCCAGGGGAGCAGCCCGGGCUAUGCCGCCAUCGGCCAGCCCAGGAGCCAGCUCGCAGCAGGGGAGCAGAGCCUGGGCGCGCGUCACAUCAGUGAGCUGUCGGAGGACCAGACGCUGGGGGACAGCCAGUCCCUCUCCCGGACGAUGGACUCCGACGCCACCACGGAGCCGGCGCCGGCCAGAGGCACGCUGAGAAGUGGGUCUAGCACGGGCCUGGAUUACAUCAAGUUCACCUGGAAGCGCCUGCGCUCCCACUCGAGACAGUACACGUCGGGGCUGCACAUGAGCCGGGAGCGGAAGGCCGCCAAGCAGCUGGGCUUCAUCAUGGCGGCCUUCAUCCUCUGCUGGAUCCCCUACUUCAUCUUCUUCAUGGUCAUUGCCUUCUGCAAGAGCUGUUGCAACGAGCACGUGCACAUGUUCACCAUCUGGCUGGGCUACAUCAACUCCACGCUGAACCCGCUCAUCUACCCACUGUGCAACGAGAACUUUAAGAAGACGUUCAAGAGGCUCCUGCACAUCCGUUCCUAAACGGGGCCUCCGCGGGAUUGCCACACAGGGACGCUCGCGAGGCCCCCGACGAACCGGAAGGCUGAAAGCUGGUGCCACGCCAGGCUCCUGGGCUCUCUGGAAUCAACGCCUCCGUGCCAGGGGCCGGGGAGUCGGGAGCUCCUUAGGCACCACUGGGAGCACAGCGGCGGGGCGGGCUGCGGAGAGACUGUUCUUGGGGAGAAAGCAGAAUGUUUGCAAGAGACUCAGAAUCUGCCAGAGCUCUCCGGCCUGCUGGAGAGGCCGAGCACCCGCCUCUCGCUGUAAUUCAGGCUGCGGCCUGGAGCUCUGGGGCAGCCUGAGACCCGCGGGGGCGGCGGUCCCCUGGAGGGUCAGAGCUCUCUGGUCUCCUUGGUGUGGAGCCUUCACCUGUGGGCAGCUGCUGUCCCCGCCAGGGUCGCCUUGAGAGGCAGGGCGGCUUGGUCUGCGGUGGCUGCGGCUCCUCAGCACGCCUCCUCUGAGCCCGUUUCCCAGCUUGCUCCAGAACCAGCGUCGGAACCCCCUGGCCACUCUGCCUUAUUCCUUCUCACCCGCGCAUGUCUUCGACCUGAUUGCAAACGAUGCCGCUCGCACCUCCUGCAUUUCCAACCCCAAGUUCCUCUUGGCUAGUGAAACAGCGGUGACGGACGCUGAGCACAAAAGAAAGAGAAAAAAUAGUUUCAAAUGGUUGCACAUUACAAGCAAAAACUGGGACUCAGGGAAGAAAGCUGACGCCGUUUCAGCCCCAGAACACCGACGACAGGAAGGGGGUGUGACGCCCCAGCGUGCACGGGAGCACAUUGAGGUGCCGCCAGGUGGAAGGAGGUGCCAAGGGCCGGUGGCUUUCAGGAGGAAAGUGAGACUGGAACUGCGUGGGGUUCCGGCUCAUUUGUAACACGUUUCUCUAAAAGGCAGCAGUGAGUCCUGCUAAGCGGGUGUGUGCACGCAUGCACACACACACACACACAGAAUUCUGGGUAACACGUUGAGAGGAGGAAGAGGUGACAUGUAACACGUCUGCGGGCUCAGCAGGUGACUCCCUGAACAGAACGGUGUGCAUUUUUAUUUGUGAGUUGUGUUAGGUUUGUCAAAAAGUCGUGGUCUCUUGUCAUCACACCUGUGCAGUAUAAACUGGCCACGGCGUGGGGACAUGCAGUUUCACUGGUAUUUAUGUUGGUCGCGAUCUGGACAUGGUAUGUGUUUUAAAACUCACUGCUGAGCCCUCAUGUGUGUGGCAAGCAGGAAAGCCUAUACACGUGCAUUUUGUGUCUUGCCUUCCUGUUUGCAUGAUCUGUUAAGUGGGGUCUUUUUGCUGACCUAAAGUGUGAUGUCUGAGACGGCGCUGGCCUGUGGUUUGUUUGUGAACCUCUGGUCUGAGAUGUAUCGGGUAGACCCUCAAAUAUUCCAGGGUUUCAUGGAGGGUUUCUCAUUGGCUCCUGGUCGCAGUUGUUAAUGCCUCUCGAAAAGGAAUUACUUUUUUAUUAAAAAGCUUCAUUCUCACUC